GACACCGUAAGUAAUAAGGCGGGGAGUCUGCAGGUGUUCCCGACGAAGUCUGGGGUAAUUGCCUCGGCCUUCGCCGCCCUAUCACGCCUAUAUGAAUUAUCAGUGCUGCUUUUCGAGAUGUAUCGUAUUCUGAGUUUCUCAGCGAGCGCUUCAAUGUACAGCAAUUUUUCAAUCCUAAAAUCCUUCAAUCACAUUGAUCUGUCUGCCUUGUCUAUUUCCAAAUAGUAACAUAUGCAAAAUGUGAGCGUCUGCAUAUGUGAUCACCGAAAAGGAGAGCGGAGUAGUGAUACUUCGUAGCACACGGUGGUAUUCAUUAGGAGAGAGAAAGCAACAAAACCAACAGAACUGAGAUGCGCCAUUUCCAAGACCAAAUUGGCUCAUAGGAUGCAGAAUCACGUCUUCCGAAAGUAGAAGAGCAUGAAUCGUUCCAUACCGAAUGAUCCAGGUAUAAACUUCAUUAUUUCCGUUGGCUGUAUAAUAAUUGAAGAAGUUCUUGGUUUUGUUUUUAUAUGUAAGUUUCGGAAUUUCGAUUUUACAUUUUUUGGACUGUUCGUGCUACGAAAUACGCGAGAUAGUGCCGCCAAAUAGUUGGUGAUGAUGUCUCGACCUUUAUUAACAAAAAAGGCCUUUAGCAACUACGAAUACAAAUCAAUAUCACCUACUAGUUACCAUAUAUUACAAGAACAAAUUUUCUCAUUCCAAAGUCCUGCCUUUACGGAAUCUUCUUAUGUUUCUUCUUCUUCCCAGUCCUUUACGAAUUCUGUUUUGAGGUAUCAACAAGAGAGUGAAUAUAACUGGAACAAAUGGGAGGAAUCACUUCUUGAUAUCAACCAAGAUACCGCAGCGAUGGAAAAUGAUAUUACGCGGAAUCUUUCCAGGACAGCCUCAGCCGCAUCGAUGAGGAGUCACCGAUCGCAAACAGUUCGCGGAAAGUCACGAAGACUUGUUUCGCAAAUAUCGAGUUCUGCAUCAUCGAUUUCAGAUAAAUCAUUGACUUCCUUCCCCUCCUUCUCCGGUGACUCGCCAACACAUGAACGACCCCAAUUUAUACUACCUACAAACGAUGGAACGGCGAACCGAAAAGCUUCCGCCGCAAAUUCUAUGGUCGAUAGCUUAACUACAUCCUCUUCCUUUUCGCACAGCCGUAGUGCCUUGUUCGACGAUGCGCCCUUAGGUUCUACCCAUAUACCUGGAUCGGUACAUCAUGCAAACGAUGAACAUAUCGAGAGGUUGAUAGCAAGAAAUGGGGCUGUGAAGCUGGUUAGACAGAUAGCAGAGGAUUUAGCUAGGCGAGAUGCGCAAAUAGCUGCUCUCAGGCGCAAAGCAGAAGAAAGGGAAAGGUCACUGAGAAAAAUUAUCUUGGAAUGUGGUCUAUCGAACCUGGAUUUAGAAACUCGUCUGCGAACCAUCGAAGGCGAACGCAAGAUUUCUGGUACCCCCAUUCCCUCAAGCGAGUCUGCGUUGGAGGUUCUGAUGAACGAUGCCAUGAGUGAAACGGUGGUCGCAGGUGAAUUGGACAGUAUAGAAAAUGAUGCUACAAUACGCGCCAAAGAACCCGCGCUGGAUAAGGCAAUAUCUGGAACAUCAAGAGGUUGGAAGGAUUAUAUUUGGGGCGGGACAAGUAAAACAAGUCAUACAACCAGCCGGGCAAGUAGCAUAAAUGGGGACGCGAUCACCAACGGCGCAACCGUUCAUGUACGAAGUGGGGGCCCAGGUCGACGCACAAUUCUACAGAAUGAUCUUUUCCACCCACCAGAUGCUGUAUCCUCACUGGAAAGUUUAAGCCGUCCUCCAAGUAAUGGUUCAUUAGCUGGCAAUCGGCAGAGAAAGCAAUCUAGUCUAGCGACGUUGGCAUUAAAGCUCGUCGCCGGCACCUCGACCGCUCGUGAUCCAGAUGGCAAAACCCGUCGUGGCAGGUCUAACAGUGCUGAAACCGAACCACCAAGUCGCACACGUUCCAGAACCAGUACCAAAAGCACAAUGUCUGCUCGAGCGGCACCAAAGAUGAACCCUAGACCCAUACGCAAUCCUACUCCGUUGACACAAAAUACGACUGUUGCCGCACAGGAGAGGUGGGAUACAAUGGGAUCUAGUCCGCAGGGUUCUAGUAUAGCAGGCAGUGAGAAUUUUGGCCCUGUCGAGAUGGACACUAUUUUAGCCCCAGAAGACCAACCGCCAACCUUGAUGCAAUACAAAAACUAUAACAAUCAAGAGUUCCUAACUGACCGAUUUGGAUUUAUAUAUGAUCAGCGACGCAAGAAGAGGCAAAGAGAAGCAGCUGAGAGGAUGCGAAAGGGCAAGAGAGGUAGUCGUGUGGAAAUGCUUAAUGGUGGGAGAAGUAACACGAUAUCGGCAGCAGUAGCUGAAGGAGAUGAUAUCGAUGAUCUCCAUCCUGAGUCACCUGGAUCUACAGCGACUGACGAAAAGGUUGAUGAUGAAGACAAGCCUGUGAAACGUUGGCAAGACUAUCUCAAAAUUGCAACAUUUCCCACGGAGUUACUAGCCCAUACACCAUCAGGUAGUAUGCCUGCAUUCGAAGUUAUGGAAGGAGGUGAGGUGCCAAGAUCCCCCGGAAUUCUAACCGAAGAAAGAGGAUUUGUUCCUUUGGCGACUACGUCAGCCCCUGCAUUAUCCAUCGCAUCGGAUACCGCCACAAUCUCGAAGACUCCCUCGCCGCCCUCUACCCCAGUUCCUCCAACGGAAGAUACUGAACCCGUGAAAUUAUUGCUACAGCAACUUGGCGAAGUUCAUGAUUCUUUGCAAAGAGAGAAAACCGUGCGGUGGAAUGAUUUCCUUCGCAAAGUUAGAGCCGAGCGCAAACGUGAAGGAGAGGCAGCGGCCGCUGCUCUUGCCUUGAAUACAGACUCUCGGUCACAGCGACCUAUAGCAAUUAUGCCAGAGGCAAGUCUAGCAGAUGGUGAAAUGAUUGGUGUAUCUGGUUUGGGUAACAAAGGCAAAGUCGGUCGUGCCAAGUGGAAUGAGUUCAAGAAUUUAGUUCUUGGUGGUAUUCCAGUAGCAUACAGAGCUAAAAUUUGGGCUGAAUGCUCUGGAGCUUCUGCAAUGCGUAUCCCAGGCUACUAUGAUGAUUUGAUAGCUCGUAGUGAGGAAGAUGAUGAUCCGGCUGUUGUUGCUCAAAUCCAAAUGGAUAUCAAUCGUACAUUGACAGACAAUAUUUUCUUUCGAAAAGGUCCUGGAGUUGCUAAACUAAACGAAGUACUCCUAGCUUACUCUAGACGAAACCUUGAGGUUGGAUAUUGUCAAGGGAUGAAUUUAAUCACUGCAUGUCUACUACUUAUUAUGCCGACGGCAGAGGAUGCUUUCUGGGUUUUGACAAGUAUUAUCGAGCAUACCCUACCACCUGGAUAUUACGACCACAGUCUUCUAGCCUCUAGAGCAGACCAACAAGUUCUACGACAAUACGUCGCCGAAAUUCUCCCCAAAUUAUCCCAGCAUCUAGAUGACCUAUGUAUUGAACUCGAAGCCCUCACAUUCCAAUGGUUCCUCAGCGUCUUUACCGAUUGUCUCUCCGCUGAAGCUCUAUUCAGAGUCUGGGAUGUGGUACUAUGUAUGAACGAUGGUAGCACAUUCCUCUUCCAAGUCGCGCUGGCUCUAUUAAAACUCAAUGAACAACAAUUACUCCAAUGCUCAUCGCCAGCAAAUGUGUAUACGUAUAUUAAUCAUCAGAUGACAAACCAUGCUAUCAGUAUCGAUGGAUUAAUUCAUGCGUCAGAAGGAUUACGCAAAGUGGUUAGGAGAAAGGAGAUUGAGAUUAGAAGAGCAAAAGCUAUCGAAGCGGAAAAAGAUUUAGUCAAACAACGUGAAGCUAGGAAUGCAGCAAGGAAAGCAGAGAGGAUGGCAGCUUUAGAACCGAGCCCGGAAAUCUCGGUUUCAUCGCAAACGAAGGAUAAGGAUGUCGGAAGUGAUGAAUCGGAUGAAUUGACAGUUAGGAGUCCGAUGCCGGUAGAUGAUGAUGUGGAUUAGAUGGGUGGAAGAAAUAGAUUGACUGGGCGUCGUGUGUUUCCUUACGUUUCGUGGGAGGAGUGGAUAUUGCAUUUACAACGGAGCAGAGCGGAUUUGGGAAAUGAUACCCUGGUUUCUAACUUGUUUGUUUUUGUCUUUUAGCCUUUUCUUUUCCGUUUCCUUACGGUUCCCUUUGCGUUUGGAUUAUGCAUCAUGGAUCAUCGCGGGUCUCUUGUACAUAUGAGAUGGGUUGGUGGUAAGUCUCACUAGGGAUGUGUUGCUGCGAGAGAGGACACUCUAUAAAUUCCCAUGUGUGCUAGCGUUAGAUGUUAUAAUCGUAUAUGAGGAAUUUAAUAUCUUAUUUUAGGCAUGACUUCACACAAGCGCGGAUGUACAAUAAAAAUACUAGGGUGUUUUGAUUGUCUGGA